CAAAUAUCCGGCCCACCCGGCCUGUUGAUACACCGUACACACUUCUUCUUAAUAAAACUGAGAAAGGAGUGUGGCAGAGGAGCAAAACGGAUAAAGAAAAGAGCAGAGACAAAAGCAAUGGCAGCAGGAGCUGGAACCGGCGGAGGGACGGCGACAGGGGCGAAAGCCGUGGCUAUCAUCGCCGGAGACACUAAAGUUAGAGGCUUUAUUCAGUUUAUCCAACAACCCACUGGUGCUACCCUUGUGGCUGGGAAGAUAACAGGACUAUCUCCUGGCUUCCAUGGCUUCCAUAUCCACGCUCUCGGGGACACCACCAAUGGCUGCAAUUCGACUGGACCUCACUUCAAUCCAUUAAAGAAGAGCCAUGGAUCUCCAUGGGACCAUGAACGUCAUGCUGGUGAUCUGGGGAACAUCCUGGCUAAUGAAAAUGGUUUAAAGAACGUGAGUUCUACUAACCUGUGGCUAAAGUUUUCUAGCCCCUCUCUAUCUCUCCUAGUUUUGAACUUCUCCUUUCUGUGUGCAGGAGUUGCUGAAAUUUCAAUCGAAGACACCCAGAUACCACUGGCUGGGCCGAAUUCGAUAUUAGGGAGGGCUGUUGUUGUGCAUGCUGAUCCUGACGAUCUGGGAAAAGGUGGACAUGAGCUUAGCAAGGCUACUGGAAAUGCUGGUGCAAGAGUUGGUUGUGGUAUACCUCACAUGCUUCUCUCUAAACCGUGGAGUUGACGGCUGCAAUUUUUGUCCAUUACUUUCAUAUGAAUUUUAGCACUCCUGUAUGCAAAAGACUAACAUCUGUGGAAUGAAAUGUGUGAUAUUAACACAGCAAAAAUGAGUGUUGGGACCUUGAUCUGGCCCUAUAUGAUUUUACAACUUCAUGUAUAAGCUUGCUAGAUAUGUCAAUUCUAUAAAGGUCGUAGAAGACUGAGACCUAUUAUGGGACAUACAAUGCAUUACAGAUGUACGAUCAUUACACUUCAACUGUUGCAAGCAUGUAAUUGGCUAGAG